AAUUACGAGGAGCACAGGAAGGCAACAGCAGAAACAGUUAGGGGGACAGGUUCCGCAGUAUUUCUAUACUUUGUGGAUAUAUACAUACAUUUAUCGUGAUGGAUUCACAGCCUCCGCCAAAGCCAUGGGAAAGACGCAUUCCAGGGGCAAUGGCUGCACCUGUAAAUUACAGAACUGCAGAUUUUGUACCAGCUGUAGGACCCCCCACUUCUGCCGGCCCUCCUGUCCUGACCAGGAUGGUGCCCCCAGUGCCCCCUCGUCCCGUCCAGCAGUCCUACCGUCCAUCCUACAGCUCCUUCACUUCUUCUUACAGUCCCUAUGGGAGCUCUAUCUAUGGUGGCUACAGCCCUUACAGCUAUGGUGGGGGCUAUGGCAUGGGAGGGUACAGCCGCCUUCCCCACACGGAAGACGUUGCCCCCAGUAGGUUUGUGCAGCAGGCAGAGGAGAGCAGCCGCGGUGCCUUCCAGUCCAUUGAGAGCAUCGUCCAGGCCUUUGCCUCAGUCAGCAUGAUGCUGGACGCCACCUUCUCAGCUGUGUAUAACAGUUUUCGUGCCGUGCUGGACGUAGCUAACCACCUAACGCGGCUGCGUGCACACCUCACCCGAGUCUUGUCAGCCUUUGCCCUGGUACGCACCUUGCGAUACCUCUACCGACGGUUACAGAGGCUGCUGGGGCGGAGGUCAGAUGCUGAGGUUGAGGACUUAUGGGCAGACAGUGCUACGGAUGCCCUAGCUACUAGUGCAUCUGGAGGAUAUGGACCGGGGAUGGAGGAUCAGACUGUCAAAUCCUGGCCAAUCUUUCUGUUUUUUGCUGUAGUCUUGGGUGGACCCUACCUUAUCUGGAAACUUCUAAGCUCCAGCCCUCGCUCUGAAGAAAAUGCCACUGACUGGGCCAGCGGAGAGGAUGACCAUGUAGUGGCUAGAGCAGAGUACAACUUCUCAGCAGCAUCUGAGGAGGAGAUUUCUUUGCGGGCGGGAGACAUGCUCAAUCUCGCCCCUAAAGAGCAACAACCCAGGGUGCGCGGCUGGCUGCUGGCCAGUGUGGACGGUCAGACCACAGGGCUUGUCCCAGCCAACUACGUCAAGGUCCUUGGUAAGAGGAGAGGCCGUAGGCACCCAGAGAUGGAGAAUCUUUCUAAGGUCCAGCAGGGGAACACGCAGGCCUCCCAGACAGCCAAGGCUGCACACCCACAACCGAAUCCUGCCCAAGUCUUUACCCCCGGCCUCGGCUCAGCCUCCACCUCAGCAUCCUCAGAGGAGCUGCUAGAGUCAGUGUACACAGAAACACCAGCGUCCUUCAGUCUGGGAACAUCCAACUCCAGCAUGCCCUCCAGCACAGUGUUGAACAUCCCUGAGAAGACUGACCUGUGAUGUUGGUGUGCAUGUACAUAUCUCUGCAUGCAGGUCUGCGUGUGCUCAUAACAUUGGUUGGCUGAGUCAGUACGUGCUUGUAAUGUUUAACUUGACUAAUAAUCAGCUCAUAAUAGAUAUUUGGGGAAACACCAUGGACUUAUGGAAGAAUUGCUCAAGUAGUUGUAAGAGUCAUCUAUAAUGAUUCAAAUCAUUUAACACAAUCUGGACCUUCUGAUAAGGUUACUGGUUAUAAAUGGUUGCACUGUUCUGGUUAGAGCCCAUGUGUUUCAUAUUAGGAGGUUAUCUUUACAUUUCUUUAGUAUUGAUAUAUCACCUGUAUGACUGUGUAAGAACAACACCAAUGUGUUCUUGUUUGGUGCUGUAAUAAUGUAACCUUGUGUUUGGUCUUGGCCCUCACUUGUAGGCUGCUUGGUUCUCUGUAUUGUCUUUGUGAAACGAAUGGGAGUGGAUUCAUUCAGGUUGAGGAGGGGCUAAUUUUGCACAUUUUCAACCAUUAGCA